AUGAUGGGUUUGAGAACAGCUCUUUUGUCGGUCUUGGGUUUCGUUGCCUUGACGAAUGCUUCGGUUAUUCAUUCUCGUACUUCCAAGCCUGCAUAUUCUCAGUACUACAACAAGAAGACUUCUCCUUACUAUGUCCCUUCAACUGGAAUUCCUGAAGUCUCGUUUGAUAUCGGUGAAAGCUAUGCUGGCCAAAUCCCCGUGGAUUGGAAGAAGACUGGCUCCAAAGAUCCCAAGUUCUUCUAUUGGUUCUUCCCGACUGUUAAUCCAGCUGGAAAGGACGAUGUUGUGAUUUGGUUUAAUGGAGGUCUCACGCAAGAGAAUGGCCCGUUUUCGUGGAAAUAUGGAACUUAUAAGCCUGUACCCAAUGCUUGGUCAUGGCACAAACUCGCCAACGUCAUCUGGGUUGAAUAUCCUAUUGGUACCGGCUUCUCAACCGGCCACGUAACAGCAAAGAACAACACCGAAACAGCAGCCCAAUUCGUCGAAUGGUGGAAGAACCUCGUCGAUACCUUCGGCCUACAAGGCAAGAAACUCUACAUCACCGGCGAAAGCUAUGCCGGUGUCUACGUCCCCUACGUCGGCGCUGCUAUGCUCGACAAGAAGGAUACGAAGUACUUUAACGUCAAGGGCGCUCUUUACUACGACCCUGUCAUGCCGUAUGCUGAUAAGCUAAGUCUCGACCAUGCUGCUUUCCCGGGCUUCUUCAGGCAUUGGGAGAGUGUCUUUGCGAUUCCGGAUAAGAAUAAGAAGAUUCUUGAUAAUGAUAAUGAGAAGUGUGGGUUGGAUAGGUAUCGUGAGGCUCAUCUUACGUAUCCUCCUCCUCCAGCGCCUUGGAAACCUGUUCAGGUCAAGGGAUGCGACAUCACGGCUCAUUUCGACGAGAUCAGCACUGUUAUCAACCCCUGCUUUAACGUUUAUCACGUCCAAGAUACCUGUCCCGUCUUAUGGGAUGUACUCGGCUUUCCUUCGGUUCAGUAUACUCCUCCCGGCGCAACACUCUUCUUCAACAUCCCCGGUGUCCGCAAAGCGAUCCACGCCCCAGCUGCUCCCAAAGAAUGGGCAUCGUGCUCAGGCCCCGUCUUUGUCGGCGACGACGACAGAUACGAUCCCGCCGAGCACGAGAAGAAGUUCCAGACUCUCGUUGAAAAGACCAACAACGUCAUGAUCGGAUCUGGUAUGGCGGAUUAUAUCAUCACGUCUAACACAACAGCCCUAGCCGUCCAGGGUCUCAAGUGGAACGGCAAGCAAGGUUUCCAGACUGCACCGAGUGCAGAGUUUGUUGUUCCGAUAAUCAACAACACUGAGAGCAAUGUUGAGAAUUGGGCGGGUGGUAGUGUUCAGGGAUCGGUGCACUCGGAGAGAGGGUUUACUUUAGCGACGGUUAAGACUAGUGGACAUAUGGUUCCGCAGUAUGCGCCGCCUGCUGCGUUUAGACAGCUGGAGCAUAUGCUUGGACGGGUGAAGUCGCUUACGGAUGCGGAACCGUUUUCUGUUAAUAUUUCUACUUCUUUCAAGUGGCCAUACUAG